CAUGUAGCUAGACUAAAUCGGAGCUAAAUAUAGCCAAUACGUUUAAAUCACGACUAUUGCUUGCUGGGUAGUCUUUAUAGUUUGAAUUUAAGAUUGUAGACAAAUGUUUUUCCAUUCUUCAAUUGUCAUUUCUUCAUUGAGAUCUUAACACUGUUUUUUAUCUUCUGAAGUUUCCUUUAACAACGCAACCCAAUGUUGAAAGAAUAGUCAAAUCUCCCAUUUUACCAAAUUAUUGUAGUUGCAGUAAUGUGCUAACUGACUAAUGUCUAAUUCGUCCUGUCAGUCUUCCGGUUUCCCUUUUUUAGUAAUGAAUACAGACUACCACCACCUGCUUGUAUGGAUAGUUAUUUCCUCUCAUACAGGGGCAGAACGUACAUGCUAGUUGGCCAUUGUCUGUGUUUGUGGUGUAUAAAAGAAAUGGUCAGCCUGCGUUGAUGUUGGUUUGGUUUGUCAUCUGAACCUUUGAGUGACAACUGAUGUGUUUUUUCCCCCCAUUGCUUUUCAGUGUUCAAAACGGCAGUGGUCUUUGUGUGCAAGGACGGAUCCAAGCAGAAAAAGAAAAUGGGUGGCUCCCACAGAGUCUCUGUAUCUUCAGAAGACAAAGACCCCUACCGAUAUCUUCACAUGAUCCCAACUGAUGCCCUGCAAGUGAGAACCUUGGCCAAUGCAGAUGGUGAAGGCUCGGCUGUGUGCGAGAUUGUCCACACAAAGUCUGAAUCAGAGGGACGGCCAGAGAGGACAUUUCAGCUGUGCUGUAGCUCUCCAGAGAGUAGGAAAGACUUUCUGAAGACAGUCCAUUCCAUCUUGAGGGAAAAGCACCGCCGGCAGCUCCUAAAAACGGAGAGUUUACCCCUCAACCAGCAGUAUGUGCCCUUUGGUGGAAAGCGCCUCUGUGCCCUGAAGGGAGCUCGUCCUGCCAUAAAUAGAGCAGUAUCUGCACCAACCAGGACUUUAGGCAGGAGGAAGUUGGUGCGCAACCGUUUCACCAUAGACACUGACAUUGUUUUUGAUGGCGAGGCCGAACAGGACCUCACUUCACCACAGGAGCCCGAUGCAAAUCGGCUGCAGCCACAGGACAAUAAACCAGAUCGGCUACAGCAAACGGAGUUAGCUGGUGACACAGACCGCUGGGUGGAAGAGCAGUUCGACCUAGAAGAAUAUGAGGACCAGGAUGAAGUGAAGGAGACAGACAUCCUUAGUGAUGAAGAUGACGAGUUCUGCCAAACAACCAGAGUGUCAUCCACUGAGGCCGAUCUGGAGGCCCCAGUCAUGGCUUUGUCCUUGGAGAGUAAGGAAUCCGAGGAGAACAAGAGCCUUAAGUCCCCAAAGGCCAGUGGGACACCUGAUGAUGUGAAUCUGUCUGACACAGAGAAGCAGAGCGCUGUGAUCGAUGACAAUGCGGAGGACCAAAAGCCAACGGAGAAAGAUGAGAUUUGGGUAAGAAGGCAGCAAUCAGGUUCAUCCCCAGACUAUGAGACAUAAAAGCUGAAGAGGUUAGGGAGACAGCCUUACAUGGGCUCCAUAAUGAUCAGUCAUCGUCUUCACAAACAAUGCAUGGGCAUUGAUGUAUAUCGCACAGCUAGUAAAAGAUAUAUCCUUCCUUACCUUACUUUUGCUAAAUGCUUAUUGUACAGGUAAGGUCAUCAGUGGAGCAAUACAGGAAUCCAUAAUGUGGGAGCUUUAUCCCAAAUCAAAUGCUGUUACAUAGAAGUUAAGUGUAGGCUUUGAGAGAUGAACUAAUGGUACAAUCAUGGAAUCUAACCAGUGGCUUUGAUUGGCAUGGUUUGCACAUUUGGGCAGCAUUCUAUAGUCCUGCCUGCUGUUGCCAAAUUUGGGUAUUGUGAGAACAUUGAUAUUUGUUUGUCUGUGUGACUCAGAGAUAUUAUCAUAGUUAAGGGCUGUAUAUUAUUUGUCCUUAAAUAAAUAGAAUAAUUGCAAAGGACAGGCUUGUCUUGCAUAGUUUACUGUACUUGUACAUUUUCACAUGAAUAUACACUGACAUGUUUUGGGAACAGUUUUCCUUGUUAUGUAUAAUAUAUGAUUUUGAUCUCUUGUUUUACAGACUUAAAGCUAUCUUUUUAGCCUGGAAAAUAUUUUGUUUUUUUCUCGUUACAUCUAAUAGUGGAAUUAUGUAACAGCCCCUACGUCACAGAGGCUAGGGGUUUUUUAAAUUAGUUUUAACUUAACAUAAUCCUGUUUUACUUGAAUUUGCUGUUUCAUAUUUUUGUUGUACUGUGAAACCAUUAUCUUGUAUUUUUCCUUUUUGCUCUUCAGUAUUGCCAUUUAAAGAACGCUCAAUGUUACAUUUCAUUCCUAAUA